AUGGCCAGAUCUCUCGUUGAUAAGCACCCGCUUCAGCGGAUGCCGAGCCCUUCACGGGGCUUGUCAGCCUUGGUUCAUUUGGUCGGACUUUCGAGCUUUUUGUGGUCAUUCAAAUACAUGCACGAAAACCCUAACCAUGCUAAUCAAGCAUAUGGCUGGCAUUUUCAAUAUCUGACCGUGAUUGGCCUGUCGUUGUCAACACUCACUUUUGCGGUUGCACUACUGGCGGAUAUUACCUCGUCCCGGCGACUGUUCCUGGUCAAAAACAUCCUGUCGAUAUGCAGUGCCCCCCUUGAGGUCGUGAUUAGUGUUUUGUACUGGGGUCUUCGCUUGAUUGAUGAGCGUUUGGUGAUCCCCGAAGACCUCUUUAUCCCCAUGCACGCCGACAUCAGCUUCCACGCAACGCCAUCGGUGGUGAUGUUGACUGACUUACUGCUCCUAUCCCCACCCUGGACGAUCACUGUACUCCCUGCACUCGGGCUGUCUGGUACUAUUGCCUUCGGCUACUGGUUCUGGAUUGAGCAAUGCUUCUCCCAAAAUGGAUGGUACCCAUAUCCUAUCUUUGAAGCACUGCCCACAUCAGGUCGUAUUGGCCUAUUUACUCUCAGUGCCGUUGUCAUGGCACUAAGCACCGUUACUCUCAAGUGGCUCCAUGGGCGCGUCAAUGGAUUUGGUAGCCCCAUGAAGCCGGAAUCCCGCCCAGGUGAUAUCAAGCGAAAGCACGGUCUGUAA